AUGCUCGACUUCCUCAAAGAAAAAGUAUCCAAAAAAUCCGACCCUCGGUCCGACAAUGCCAGAUCCCACGGGAUACCGGAGGGCGAGCCAGUCCGGAUGAGCUACGCAUCGCGCGAUGUUGCCAUCCCAGCAGACUUCCUAUCCAUGACAGCUCCUCCCCCCGACGCCCAGCCCGUGACCAUAUCGCCAGUCGAUUGGGCCUCAAGCCCGCUCCCCGAGUACGAGGGCCUCUUCGCCGUCGUGCUGGACAACGUUCUCUCGCCAAGCGAGUGCCAGACCCUCCUCCAGCUCGCCGAGUCGAGCGUCGACGUGUUCCGGAUGAACUCGACCGGCGACCACAACCCCUGGAAGCCGGCAAUGGUCAACGCCGGGAACGGCUUCGAGGUCCUCGAGACCGGGUACCGAAACUCGGACCGUCUGGUCUGGGACGAGCAGGAGGUCGUCGACCGGAUCUGGCGGCGGUGCCUGCAGGGCGAGGCGGCUGAAAAGCUGAGGGAAAAGCUAGAUGUGCUGGACGGCGACGAAAAGGUUGGCGCCUGUAGGCUGAGGGGUCGGAAUUGGGUCGUCGAGAACCAGAGGUGGGAGUUUAGGAGGCUGAAUCAGAGGAUGCGAUUUCUGAAGUAUGGAGAGGGACAAUUCUUCAGGCCACAUUGCGACGGUGCGUUUAGCGAGGAGGUCGAUGGAAAGAUCUUCAAGACCUUUUUUACUCUCCAUCUGUACCUCAAUGACUCCGUAGCUGAAGCCGGGGAAGAUGCUGAACUGGUCGGAGGGGCGACGUCUUUCCUGUCGGGUAACGAGUCGAGAAGGGUCGACGUGAAUCCAAAGGCAGGGAGGGUGCUGAUCUUCCAGCAUCGUCGCCUGUUCCACUCUGGUGAUGAUGUCGUCGAGGGAACCAAAUACACGAUGAGAACUGACAUCAUGUAUGAGCUGAUUCGGCGCAAGCAGAUGGACGAUGAAGACAAGGAAGAGGAGGCCACCAAAGAGAUCUAG